ACAGCACCAAACGAGCUCUCCGCUGACAGAGACCAGGUCCCUGCGUGGUGGUAGGCUCAACGUUGUAAGCUCAUCUAUAAAAUAUAAACCGCCCAGGUGUGUAAAAUUGGAUCUCACCUCUGGGAAAGUCCACGGGUGCCUGGCAACGAAGCAACCCCUCUCUCAUCUUCUUCGCCGCCUUCCGAAGUGAAGCCAUCUGCGCCGUAUCGCUGGCUAGGCAGCAUCAAUCCUUCCAUCUCAAGCUCCAUCCAGCCGCCUUGUCCAGACAUACCGUCGUAACAAUACCACAUGGACCAUGAAACUAAUGCUAAACACAGUGUCCUGGAGCGCAUGCUACUCGAUGCAAGUGCAGAGCCGAUAGGUCUGCCUCUUUCACUUCUGGAAGACAUCACAAAUGGUUUCUCUCAUGAUCGGCAAAUUGGCAGUGGUGGGUUUGCAGUGGUUUAUAAGGGAAUACUCAGGAAUGUGACGAUUGCCGUGAAAAAGUUGUCCAAAACAUUAGAUAUUCACGAGAAACAAUUCAACGAAGAGGUUAGCUGUCUGAUGAAGGCAAAGCACAAAAAUAUAGUUCGAUUUCUGGGAUACUGUUCUGACACACAAGGCAAAAUGGUAGACUUUGAGGGAAAGCUUGUCAUGGCAGAUGUUCGGCAGAGGUUGCUCUGCUUUGAGUAUCUACCUAGAGGGAGCCUUGAUAAGUAUAUCACUGGAUCAUCUUGUGUACUUAAAUGGAGAGAGUGCUAUCAGAUCAUCAAAGAAAUCUGUGAAGGGUUACAUUAUCUCCAUGUGGAGCGGCGUAUUGUCCAUUUGGAUCUUAAGCCUACAAAUAUAUUGUUGGAUUGUAAUAUGGUUCCGAAAAUUGCUGAUUUCGGUCUCUCAAGGCGAUUCUGUGAAAAGCAAAGCCAAAUUCUUACUGCAGAAGUGAAGGGAACUUUGGGAUACAUGGCACCAGAGUUUGUAAAUAGUGGACAAAUUACAUUCAAGUCGGACAUAUAUAGUCUUGGCAUUAUAAUCACAGAAAUACUGACGAGGCAGAAGGGAUAUCGUGAUGUUGAAGAUGUACUUGAUAUCUGGAAGAAUAGGUUGCAGCAGGAAUCACAGAGAGACAUACAUUUGGAACAAGUACGAGUAUGCGCUGAGAUAGCGAUAGAGUGUGCUGAUUAUAACCCGGCAAAGAGGCCAGUUACAAAACAUAUAAUUAAUAGGCUUGAUGAAACAGAAAGUACAAGCAGGUCCACUGAAACUAGUGGGAGUACUUCAUCAGUAGCUCAGGCAGAAAAGGAGUCCAGUGAGCAGCAUCAGUGGAUACCUAAGGUACCAGGAGAGACAAGUGAUGAGGACUGUCGAAUGGAGGUGGGCACAAUUUUGAUGAAUCGCUAUGAAAUUGGGAGGCUCUUAGGACAAGGGGACUUGGCAAAGGUAUAUUAUACUCAGGAUCUCACAAGUGGACAAGGUGUUGCAAUAAAGAUGAUUGAUAAGGACAAGGUCUCAAGCGUUGAGCUGAUGGUGCGGAUAAAGAGGGAGAUUACAUUAAUGAAUCUGUCAAGACAUCCAAACGUCCUGAAACUUGUGGAGGUUACGGCUAGCAAGAGCAAGCUUUAUUUUGUUUUGGAGUAUCCUAAAGAUGGUGACCUUUACACCACAAAUGUCAUUGGAAGGUUAAGUGAGGAUGCUGCGAGGAAGUACUUCCAUCAGUUGAUUGGUGCCGUGGAGUACUGCCAUAGCCAAGGUGUUUAUCAUCGCAACUUGAAUCUAGAAAACAUACUCCUGGACGAGAAUGGCAACCUAAAAAUCUCUGAUUUUGGUCUAAGUGUCCUACCUGGGUCCAGGGAAGAUGGCCUCUUCCAUUACCCCUGUGGAACUCCAGCUUAUGUUGCUCCCGAAGUGCUUAGCUGGAGAGGCUAUGACGGUGCGAAGGUCGACAUAUGGUCCUGUGGAGUAAUUCUAUUUGCGCUGGUGGCUGGUUACCUUCCUUUCCAAGGCACAGAUCGUACAGAUUUGUUUAAUAAAAUUUCCUUAGGGAAAUAUGAAUGCCCUUCUUGGAUUUCUGUUAAGCUGAAAGAUAUACUACGUAAGAUUCUUGAUCUAGAUCCAAGCACCAGGGCUUCUGUUUCAAGCAUAAAGGCAAGCGCUUGGUACGGAAAUCUCAUUGAGGUAAAGGCUUACAAAGGUGAAGCCACAACCUCUGAAUCGACAGAGUGCAGUAUGUUAUCAAAGAGAAAGACAAAAUGCAGUGACUCAUUAGGGAAUCGAGCGCCAUCAAGCUUCACUGACUCGAAUGCAGUUGGCGUCAUUUCUCUCUCAAUGAAAUUUUACUUAUCCAAUUUGUCUGAGAAAAAGUUAGGGCUGUGGGAGAACAAAUUUACCGCUAGGCUGCCAGCAGAAACUUUACUUGCCAAGUUAAAUGAACUGGCUGAGCAUUUGAAGCUCAAAGUUAUGAAGAAAGAAAACAGUGUUCUGAAAUUGGUAGCACGAGAGGAAGGAAUGGGAAGACUCGAGCUUGACGCAGAGGUCUUUGAGAUUGCGCCUUCUUUUUUAUUAGUUGAAAUAAAAAUAGCAAAUGGAGAUAAAGAGUAUGAACUACAGAUGAAAGUGAAAGGUGCGAUAAGGCUUGUGUUUAAGGAUAUGGUUUCGGCUUGGCAAGAUGAUUCUCACACGCAACAACCACAAUUUACAUUGUUUGGGUAGAAGUGAGGCACUUAGACAGCAACCAUCACUGCACUUACUUUCAACAAAAUUGUACUAUUGAUUUGUGAAAAUUUCAGUCAUUUUAGUAGACACCCGCUGAACCAGUUAGUUGCGCGAAUGUAUGGG